AUGAAUCCCAAUCGUGACAAGAAGUAUAUCUCCGGGAAUUUGAAGAGCAGCGGUAAGCCUACCAGCAGCAGCAAUAUCGAUAAUAUGAGCUACCCAGUUUAUCCGCAGCAACAACAUAGUAAUAUUCAGGCCCAGUCACCCUCCCAGUCGAGGAGCAGUCUGACUGGCGUCCACCUUCCGCAGCUAUUACACCACCAUUCGCUGCCCAAUGUCCUCAACAAUGGACCAGGGUCCUCCAGUAGGAAAAGGUUAAGUCAAGACGAUUUACUCUACUUGCCUGCACAGAGACAGGCCAUUGAACAGAAUGUCAGCUACACGAGAAGUGUAGGAGGUUCGGGCGGUAAAAGCAAGAUAAGUAACAGUCAUAGUAGUAAUAACAGUGCUAACAAUGGGAAUAAUGGUGUCGGUAGUCCAAUACUGAAUGAACCACUCUUGCCUAGGUCAAUUGGAGUGCAGAAGAGUAGCGUGAACUACCACCGCCAAAAGCUCGCUCAGCAAGCAGAUUUGCCUGAUAAUAAUGGCGCUAGUAGCUCAAGAGGCAGUGCCAGUAGCUCUAGAAGCAGAAAAUUCAGUAAUGCGAGCGAAAGUGAUGAAGACGAAAGGUUUUUAAGAUUGGCUAAAGAGGCUCUUGUGGCUACCGCAGGAGCCAAGGGAAAUGGGUCUGAGGAUUUGAUGGUUGAUCCAACUAUCCAAGACUUAUUGAGAAGGUUGCAGUAUGCAUCUUCUCCGCAUGGUAAUCCAAUUAAAAGAUCUAAAAAAAUACGAGCUAAUGAAAACGGACAAUUGCAAAUCCAGGGUUUCUACAAGAACUUCCCCAACUUGUCCAACAACAUUUUUAUGGAGAGCGAGGGUAUCGGUAUAUUGAAUAGCGGUGGUGAGAAUGGUAUAGGUGGUAGGUCAGCAGCCGAACUUCACGAUAAGCUGAUAAACCACCCUUCUAACUCGAGAAGUGACGGUUGGAAUUUCUUGGUCGGCGAGCCUCUAGUCUACAAGACAGAAGAGGAGAGGAAAUUGGAGCGUUUACAGCAGCAGCAGCAACAACAACAACAACAACAACAACAACAACAACAACAACAACAACUGCAGCUGCUGCUGCUACAACAAAAGCAAGGUUUUGACGAGGAAGAAGAAGACGAUGUGAACGACAAUGGCUUGGAUGGUAAAAAGGACGACGACGAAGAAGGAUCCAGUGAAACUAGAAAAUAUGCAUGCACGAAAUGUUUGAUGUCAUUCAGAAGGUCAUCUGAUUUAAAGAGACAUGAGAAGCAGCACUUGACCAUCCCUCCCAACAUUUGCGAGCUUUGUGGUAAAGGGUUUGCAAGAAAAGAUGCUUUGAAAAGGCAUAUGGGUACUUUAACUUGUAAAAGAAAUGCCGAUAAAAGGUUGUAUACUGCAAAUUUGAGUUAUGUGGGGCAGAAUAAGGGAGCAAGCUCAGCCAACUCUGCUUCAAAUAUUAUAAACCGAAAUGAAUUCCAAUCAAACGAAUCAAACGAUUGGCAAAUAUAG